AUGUUGGUUCUUGUCAUAGGUGAUUUUCACAUCCCUGAAAGAAAACACUCGGUGCACCCUGCUUUCAAGGCUCUUUUGGCGCCUGGAAAAAUACAGCAUAUACUGUGCACUGGUAAUCUGACGACUAAGUGCACUUACGACUACUUGAAACUCAUAUGUGGAGAUGUUCACGUGGUCAAAGGAGAAUUUGACGAGGGUUUGGAUUUUCCUCACACAAAAGUCCUUAGCGUUGGAAGUUUCAAGAUCGGUUUAACCAGUGGGUAUCAGGUGGUACCGUGGGGUGACCAGCAAAGCCUUUCUAUGCUUCAAAGGCAGCUGGAUGUGGAUAUACUUAUUUCUGGCCACACUCACCAGUUCGAAGCUUAUGAAUAUGGCGGGAAGUUUUUCAUUAAUCCUGGUUCUGCGACUGGUGCGUUCAGUCCAUCACUCAACUUUACUCCGACUUUCCACUUAGCUUUUGGGAUAACGCUUAGGCCAUUGUUUAAUUUCCUGUAUGCCACAAAACUGAACAGGAAUGGCGAAUUAGGGCACCCCUAA